AUGACACUAAGCCGAUUUCUCAGUCUCACGGCGAUGGCUCUUCUUUGGACUGGGUCGCAAAUCCCGGUUUACCUCUUUGGCGGAAUCCCUCCUUAUAUUUACGGCUCGAUUGGAGGCGCAGAUCGUUGGAUUUGGUUUGUUCUGGCAAACCUACUCGCUUUGGCUGGAGUCUGUCCUUUCGUUGGCAGCCUUUCUGAUUUAAUUGGCCGUAGAUAUGUCGCUCUCAUCGGUUCAGCGCUGUUAUGUAUUGGAGUCAUCGUCUCGAGCACCGCCAACACUAUGAAUGUGUUUAUUGGCGGUAUGGCGAUAGCAGGCGCUGGAGCAGGAGCCAAUGAAUUGACAGCACUUUCAGCCACCGCAGAAAUUGCGCCGACACGCAAGCGUGGUACAUACGUUGCUGCUCUGGUUUUCACUAUCGUUCCGUGGGCUGCCUCUGUUCUAUGGGCUCAACUGAUCGCUUAUCAUUCGAACUGGAGAUACGUUGGUGCGCUUGCUGGCAUUUGGAAUGGGCUUGGAUUUUUCUGCACUUUAUUCUUCUAUUUCCCACCCCCAAGAGUCAACGCUGAAGGUCUGUCAAAACGUGAGAUUCUUUCAAGAAUCGACUAUGUCGGAGGCCUCCUCAGUAUCAUCGGCCUGAUCUUAUUCUUGGCCGGGCUUCAAUGGGGUGGAUAUCAGUACCCAUGGAAAUCUGCUCAUGUCUUGGUGCCUCUUAUUCUUGGAUUUCUGAUUAUGGUUGCAUUUGGUUUUUGGGAAGCGUACGGUACCAAAUACCCAAUGAUCCCAGCAAAAAUAAUGCAAGAACCCCGUACACUCGGACUCACUCUGCUAAUUACCUGGGUAUCUGGUGCGAACUUUUUCUCCAUCAUUCUUUUCUGGCCUACCCAGAGCUUCAAUCAAUUCGGUCACGACCCGGUUGCUGUGGGUGUUCGCUCAUUACCAGUGGGCUACGGUAUUCUCGCCGGGGCUUGUAUCACCCUCUGCCUGUUAUCAUGGCUCAAAGGACACAACAAGGCAUUGAUGAUUGGAAGUAGCAUUUUAAUGACUGCAGGCUGCGGCGCCAUGGCUGUUGCUCGUACCGACAAUCUCCGUGACCUAUGGAUUAUACUUAUUAUUGCAAGCCUCGGAAUUGGCGGUAUUGUCGUUCCUGCCAGUAUCAUGACCACAAUUAUUUGUCCCGAUGAUCUAAUUGCUACAAUUGCCGCGUUGACACUCUCGAUCCGCGUUAUUGGCGGCGCGAUAGGGUAUACAAUCUAUUAUAAUGUCUUUAUCAACAAAUUCAUCCCCAAGGCCACGUACUAUAUCGGUGGCACCAUGGCCAUGAAACUAGGCAUUACCAAUACAACUUACAUUACCGACGCAAUUGAACUGACGGGUGCGUCACUCCUGAGUGGGCUGCAAGAAAUCCCCGGUAUUGCUGGUAAUGAAACUGCCUAUGAAAUGGUAGUUGCAGCGGGCCAGCUUGCAUAUGCGGAAAGCUACAAGUAUGUUUACUUGACGUCGAUUGUGUUUGGCGCCUUGUCCAUCGUGGCGUCACUGUUUUUGGGUGAUAUUACCAAGUACAUGGAUGAUCAUGUUGCUGUUGUAUAUCAUUAG